CGUAUUCCGGACCGGGUAUAAAAGAGGCGAGCACAGCCGGCGCUUGUUUCAUUCGCUCGAAAUAACGGCUAGAAGUCUUUGCUUGCUCUUACUCGUUGCCGUCCGAAAUCACAUCACAAUGCCCAAACGAAAGGCUGACGGAGACUCAAAGGUUGAGAAGUCCAAAUCAAAGGAAGAACCACAAAGGAGAUCUGCCCGGCUAUCUUCUAAACCAGCCCCACCUAAACAAGAGCCAAAAGCAAAGAAGGCAGCUCCUCCAAAGAAAGCUGACAAAGCUCCCAAAGGCAAGAAAGGAAAGGGAGACUCUGGGAAAGAUUCCACCAAUGCUGCAGAGAACGGAGAAGCAAAGUCUGACCAGGCACAGAAAGCAGAGGCGUCUGCUGAUGCCAAGUGAACUGUGUGAAUUUUGAUAAUUGUGUACUUCUGGUGACUGUACAGUUUGAAAUACUAUUUUUUAUCAAGUUUUAUAACGAUGCAGAACUUUGUUUUACUUUUAUUUUAAGCUGUGUUUGACAAAUGCUUUGUGGGUUUUAAUGGGCAGGGUGUGACGUGACGGUGUGAUCUUCACUCAUUUAACAGCUACAUUGAGCCCCUGUGUUUUUACUCCCUCCAUUAAAUUGGCAUAAUUUACUUUACGGUUUCCUCUAUUCUGUGGGGAAAUAGGCAGCUAUUCAAGCCUUUACCGUGCCCCGGGUCCUUGGUUUGAAGAAGAUGGUAAAGCCAAAGUACACAGGUGCCUGUCCGAGGCAAUCUCCAUCCUCUUAAAUGUGAAGAAUCUAUCCUGUUACUGAUAAAUGUUAAUGGUUUUUAUAGUAAUGUAUUCUCGGGGCUGGGAAGUGAAGUAUAUCAUGCUUUAGUGUCCUGCCUGAUUUGCAAUGCCUAUAAUGACAUUUUAAAUAAAUUUCGGAGUUUGCUCAUUAAAAAUCUGA